AUGUGGAUGGGCCAAAAGGCAGCAUAUGAGCGUGCUGAGUGUGACCGCGGUGACCUGGCAGUUUAUUGCCGACGGGGUCAGAUGCUAGACUGCCGAAUGAAACCCAACAACUCUCCUCAGCUUCCACCGAGAUCAAAGCGAAACCGACUCGAAGAGGCAUGGGCGAAGUGGAUUAAUGUUGAACAAAAGAAACGUCUCGGGCUGUGUAUUUAUCUGCUGGACUGUCAAAUGGCUGCCGUAUUCCAACGUCAGCCAUACAUCAGCAAGGCUGAGACCGUCAAUGCCUCACUACCAUGUUCAGAAACAUUCUGGAAUGCACCAACGGCCUGGGCGUGGAAGGCUCUACUUGGACCGGCCGAAAUUCCACCAAGCACGUACUUUCUCACCACAUUGACCACUAUUCUCUUACACCAUGAAAUUCCGGUAGUCCUGCCAUUCCCUGCAUUGGAUGGGUUUUGCAAGACUCUCUACGCCUAUGUCCUGCAUACACACGUCUUCGAGUGGCGGCAGACUAUCUGUAUGCUCAAUCCAACCGGACUACUCACGUCCCCUAUCUCCCUGGCACCGGAGAAUAUUGGAAGCUCAUUACAGGAGCGGCGGAACUGGCUAGAGUGCUGCCUCAAGAAUUGGGCCACCUGGUACGGAGAUGGCGACCAAGUCGAGCCUACCGAUCAUAAUUCGAAGAGCUCAUCGGGAAUUCUCCUCUAUCACCUCGCAAGUCUGGCACUUCAUCUCAAUUUCUCAGACCUACAUAUUGUCGCUGGUAGAUCUGGCUCAGAUGCGGAUAUCGGUCUGGCUGUACAGUCGUUGCGCAAUUGGCUCCAAGGGCAGAGAGUUCAGAGGAUAUUUGCUUGCAAUAGCCAAAUGCUGAAUGCAGCGCACGAAGCAAUUGCUGCUGGCGAUGCGCAGAAGAGUGGGUUCGAAUUAGCGAUCUCUUUGUUCAUGGGUGGUCUCACCAGCUGGGCCAUAUCUCGAUUCGGAAAUCACGAUUUGAUGACUGCCCAUCUGAGCGCUCCUCAGACCUCAGGAGUCUCCCGAACGGAACCUGACAGUGAUGAAAAUCGCGACCAGCUAAGUGCAGAGGAGUCCCCGCAAGCUGUAAACUUGCUUUUCGACCAAGUCGCAGGUGCCCGUGAUGGGCUACACGCCGUUAGAUGUGUUCGCCUUGCAGUAUCUUUUGGAGAGAUUCUUGAUGGACUUCUUACUGAGCCAAUGGAUUAG